AAAGAGAGAAAAAAAAUGGGGAGAGGAAAAAUUGAGAUAAAGAGGAUAGAAAAUUCAACCAACAGACAAGUAACUUACUCAAAGAGAAAAAAUGGGAUCAUAAAAAAAGCUACUGAAAUCACUGUUCUUUGUGAUGCUAAAGUUUCUGUUGUUAUCUUUGCUAACAAUGGAAAAAUGCAUGCUUAUAAUAGCCCUUCUACCUCAGUGGAAGAUAUAUUGAACGAAUACCAAAAUAAAUCAGGGACGUUUCUUUGGGAUGCUAAGCAUGAAAACCUCAAGAAUGAGAUAGAUCGAAUUAAGAAAGAGAAUGACGACAUGCGGAUAGAGCUCAGGCACUUGAGUGGGGAGGAUAUUGGAUCUUUACAAUACCCAGAUCUACAACGACUAGAAGAUGCGCUUGAAAAUGGUGUUAGUAGCAUUCGCGACAGGCAGGCGGAAAUUCACAAGAUGCUCGAAAAGAAUCAGAGGAUGCUUGAGGAGGAAAAUUACCAGCUCAAUUACAUGUUGCACAAACAAGAAAACGAACUCAUGGAUGGAGGAAGCAUAAGCAGAGCAGAAAUGGAUGGUGGUGUUCGCAAUAUUCCACAAGAUCAGAGAGACUAUAAUUACCAUAAUCCUUUUGGUUUCCGAGUGCAACCAAUGCAACCCAACCUACAAGAUAGGGUGUAA